AUGAGGUGUCAGCUCGGCCAGGACGUAGGAUACUCGAUUCGAUUUGACGAUGUCACUUCUGCUUCAACAAGAAUCAAGUUUCUCACAGACGGCUUGUUGUUGCGAGAAGCACUCGCAGAUCCACUCUUGUCCAGGUACAGUGUGAUCAUCAUCGAUGAGGCCCAUGAACGAAGUCUUAGCUCUGAUAUUCUGCUCGGCCUCUUGAAGAAGAUCAUCAAGCGUAGGCCGGAGCUGCGCGUGAUCAUCAGCUCCGCAACUUUGCAGGCUGAGGAUUUUCUCGAAUACUUCGAGACGAGGAAGGAGGAAGAGUCCGCGGAAGAAAAUGCCAAUCGAAUUGUGAGCAUUGAAGGCCGACUCCAUCCCGUCGACAUUUAUUACUUGGGUGAGCCGACUGAAGACUAUAUCGCAAGCGCGGUAGAAGCCGUUUUCGAGAUACACAAUUCCCAGCCAGCUGGUGAUAUUUUGAUCUUCCUGACUGGCCGCAGCGAGAUUGAGACCGUAAUCCAAAUGAUAUACGAUCGCAUGUCCGAUCUUCCUGAACAUGCUUCAAAGAUGCUCGCACUGCCUCUGUAUGCUGGCCUAACAACAGAGGAGCAAAUGUACGUUUUCGAACCUGCUCCAGAGAACACACGAAAGGUCAUUUGCGCAACCAAUAUCGCGGAGGCUAGUGUCACGGUAGAUGGAAUAGUCUAUGUCAUAGAUUGUGGAUUUGUUAAGCUCAAAACGUUCAGUCCCACCACAAGAAUCGAAGAGCUCGUGUCGACCCCGGUAUCGAAAGCAUCUGCGGACCAAAGAGCUGGUCGUGCUGGUCGGACGGCGCCAGGAAAGUGCUAUCGUCUUUAUACCGAAGAUGAUUCUGACGACUUAGCAGCUGCGACUGUUCCUGAAAUCCAGCGAUCAAACUUAUCACAGGUAAUCCUGCAACUCAAAGCUUUGGGAAUUGACAACAUCGCACGCUUCGAUUUCAUCAGCCCGCCACCUGUGGAGCAAGUCACACAGAGUCUGGAAAUCCUCUUUUCGUUGGGUCUGUUGGACGAGUACGCCAGACUCACGAAACCUUUCGGUGUCCAACUAGCAGAGAUGGCUUUGGAGCCUAUGCUGGGAAAAUGUUUGCUCCUGGCGCCAAACUUCGGUUGUUUGUCAGAAGUGCUGAGUAUCACGGCAAUGAUCAGCUUGCAGGACAACAUCUGGCUCGAUGCAGAGUCCAAGAAAGCUGGCGAGUCGUCACGUAGGCUAUUCGCGGCCGAAGAAGGCGAUCACUUGACUUUGCUAAAUAUUUACCAAGCAUUCACCACAAAGGGAAGCAAAGAUGCAUCGUGGUGCAGGCAGCACUUCCUCAAUUAUAAAUCUCUGGUCAAAGCAGUCUCUAUCCGCGCCCAGCUCAAACGCCACCUGGAGCGAUUCGGCGUGCAGGUCAGCGAAUCACUUGCCAACAACGAUGUCCUGCGCGUCGGCGGGCUUCCUAAGGCGGAAUCGAUCAGAAGAUGCCUGACGAGCGGCUACUUCGCACAUGCAGCGCGCAUGGAGUCAGACGGCUCCUUCAAAGCUGUCAAUGGCAGCACCAUUAUGUAUGCCCAUCCGUCUAGUCUGAUGUUCAAUCGCAAAGCAGACUGGGUGAUCUUUUCGGAGGUCAUGCAUAGCGGUGAGAAGAUCUAUAUCCGGAACUUGACCAAGAUAGAGAAGGACUGGCUCGUCGAAUAUGGUGCGGGCUUUUACAAGCUUACCCAAACGACGUAG